CAAUUUAAGCCCCCCGAACUUAAUAUCUCUGCCUUUCGGCAUCUCAAGGCCCCCUCCUCUUACUAUCAAUCAAUCAAUCCCACUUAUACCUGUCUCUCUCUCUCCCCGCAUACGAACCCUAGCUCCAAACCUAACCCUAACCCUAGUUCCAGAUCGUAAACUUGACUCGCCAUGAAAGGAGGGAAAUCAAAGUCCGAGUCGAAGAGAGCUGACCCCAAGCUUUCGGUGAAUAAGAAAGGCAGUGCUUCGACGAAAGCGGGAAAGGCAACGACUAAGAAGGGAAAGGCAGCGAAGGACCCUAACAAGCCCAAGAGGCCAGCCAGUGCUUUCUUCGUUUUCAUGGAAGAAUUCAGGAAGCAGUUCAAUAAAGAUCACCCUGACAACAAAUCAGUCUCCGCUGUUGGUAAAGCUGCUGGAGCUAAAUGGAAGUCCAUGUCCGAUGCUGAAAAAGCACCUUAUGUAGCAAAGGCUGACAAAAGGAAGGUUGACUAUGAGAAGAACAUGAAAGCUUAUAACAAGAGACAGGCUGAAGGUGCCACUGCUGCAGAGGAGGAGGUUGAGUCUGAGAAGUCAGUGUCUGAGGUGAAUGAUGAUGAGGAUGGAGAUGAAGAUGGCAGUGAGGAGGAAGAUGAUGACGAGUAGCAAAUGGCAUGAAGUAUAGGAUAGUCAUUUAGGCUGUCAAAAUGUUUGAUCAUCCCAUGCCAAUGGUUUGGCGGUGGAUCUUAUGUCUAAACUUUUGCUCCCUUUUAUGAGGAAAUAUAUCCUUCCUCCCAUGUCAAUUUGUUUUGCCCUUUCAGAAAAAUGGGUAGUUAUAGAUUGGAAGCUGGCCUCUAUUUGUACUUUUUAUUUGAAUUCUAAUGAUUUAGCAAAGGUGUUUUUAUCUAUUUAGGUUA